GUCACAAGUCAUUUGACUGCCGUUAACAAAAGAAAUGAAGCAAUAUUAAACUUUUCAGUCAGCCGAGCCAAAAGGCCAAGUGCCUCCCGGCUCAACCGGAGGAUUGGACGAGGCUAUUAUCACCAUCGUGUAUCCCUAUUCCGUACUGAUAUCCCUUUCUCACUCUUCUUUUUCCCAUUUACCUUAACCCUUACUUACUACCCUCCUCCACCCUCCUCCCUUUCGCGUCCCUUGCUGUAAUAUUUUCUUGCCCUUUCUGACCUCGGCCUUGCGACGCGACUCGAUACGCGUGCCACUUGUCCACUCAUACUCCUCUAAAGACAGACGGACGCCGCUCGACGACACCAUGCCUGGUCCACGAACAUCAACCAUGUCGGCAGGCACGCGCGCGUCGUUCAUGGACGGCAGGCCGUCAUGGUCCUCCUUUGAUGCCCUCUUCAAGCACCGCGAGAGGCCCGAUGUCGUUACUCCGACCACCAAGCUCACCGCCCACCAGGCCUUUUACCUUUUCGUCGUACAUGGCCUUUGCGCCAUGGCCAUAUCUGCUAUCAUCAACUUUGCCAUUGCCUACGCCAUGUACACCACCCAAGACCUCUCCCGCAACCCCAUCCGUCUCUUCCAGCUCCCCAAUACCCUCGCCGGCGACGCCGCCGUCACCAUCAUCAUCCAGUGCAUCAUAACAUGGCUCAUAGAACGCGUCUUCGUCCGGCACGAUCUCCACAACGGGGGCGUCAAACCCAUCGGCUUCGUCGCCGAGCCGAAAGGCCGGUUCCCACGAUGGUUCAUGCUCCUAAACGAAGACAACAACAACAAUACCCACCAUGAUACCGGGCCACGGCGGAAUAAAGUCAGGACCGCCCUCGCCAAUGCGGCACGUUUCGUCGCGACCCAGGCUCCUCGAGCGGCGGCCUUCAUUCUCGCCAGUUUCGUGUUAUUUUGGCCCGUAUCCGUCGGCGUGUUGACGACCAUCGGGAGGAAGAGCGGCGGCGACUGGGUCUUUGACGACCGCUGGGCGCCGCAGAUCUUCAAGGCCGUCCUGGGAGGCGCGCUGGCGCUGCUCACCACGCCGUUGAUGGCCGCGUUUUGGAUGGUGAGGGAUGGCUGGCUGCUGAGCAGGGCUCAGACUACCCAUGCCGCGUGGGUUGUUUGAGACAAUACCCCAAGGGGCAAAAGAAAGAAGAAAAAAACCACCGAGGCAUGAUAGAAUGGGCGGGACCGGGUUCUCUGGAGUACCUAUACGACUACGAGAGAUGACGAUUCACGACGCGGAGACGCGAUCAUAGACCUUACGAGCAUUAUUAGAUGCGCCUAUGAGCGACAGUAUACUUAAUCUUAAUGACUAUUUCAACCGGAG